CUCCCACGCCGCUCCCGUUCCGUCAUCCCCACCCCACCCCACCCACCCAAUGCGGCCGUGAGUCUGAAAUCCCUCUCGCACCGCCGCCGCAACUUAGCGGCGCCGCCGACGCCUCGCCCGCCCCGACUCCUGCGCCUACCCACCUCCCGCGCGCGCCGCCGCCGCCGCCGCCGUUCCACUCCUACCCCGUCGCGUCCCUCCGUCUCCGCCCACUCCGUAAUCUUGGACAUUGGCUUUUGAGGCGUUUGACGUGGUUAACCUAAGCCAUAGGGUGUCCACUUUGUUUGUUAAUUUCUAUUAGCACGCUUGCGACACAAAAUGGCAUUGCUUUUUCGCUUCAGUCAACUAAGGAACAGCAUAUGGAGUAGUUGUCCUGCCAGGCUGCGUAUGCAACAUACUGUAUUGUCAUCUGGAACACAGCUUGAUCCUAAAAGCUAUGAGAAGCGCCUUUUCUCAACAAGGGUUCAAGAGACAGCUAGUUUGCACAAAACUGAUCUGGGUCCGUGUAUUUCUGGAAUUCAGCCAUUAAAGUUUAAGCAGACUUCUGAACAUGAGCAAUCUGCGCCUCUUCUUAUCUUUGAUAUCGAGACCACUGGUUUUUUCCAGAAAAAAACCACUGGUAAUUUCCAGAAGGAUAAUAGAAUCACUGAGUUUGCAGUCCGUGAUCUUUGUGGAGGAAAGAAUAGCACAUUCGAAACUCUCAUUAAUCCUGAGAGGGGUGUUCCUGGUUACCUUAAAACUGUCAAUGAUAUUAACACUGAAUUGGUCUGCAAACCUGAUGUCCCGAGGUUCAGUGAUGUACUUCCAUUACUAUUGGCAUUUGUUCGAAGCCGCCAAACUCCUGGCAAACCAGUUAUAUGGGUUGCUCAUAAAGUAAACACAUUUGAUGGCCCUUUCCUUGCCCAAGAGUUUAACCGUUGUUCAGCUCAGAUGCCUGAAGAUUGGCUGUUUGUUGACUCCUUUUGCUUGGCAAGGAAGUUGCCGAAGGUUGAGGCAUCAGAAGAUAAGAAGCAUCUCCUAAACUUGGAGUCACUAAGCAAACGCUAUGACAUCUCCGUGAAAGGCUCUGCUCAUAGAGCAAUGCACGAUGUGACGACAUUAUGUCAUGUUUUCCAGAAAAUGAGUGUUGAUCUAAAACUGACAUAUGAAGGCCUAAUAAAUGAGACCACCAAGGCUAGUUAUUUCAACAACCUAGUUAAGUAAAUAUUUGUCGUUUCUAGCUUCCUUGUUUUAGUGGUCACAUUUAUUUGAGAUUCCCCAAUAGGAUUAGCCUCUCUUUCACAUUACUGGAUAUUGUUGCCUUUGUUGUAGCAUCUCAAGACUCGUGGCUUCUUUUGUUUGAAAAGUAGCUGCAUUUGUCAGCGAAA